AAGCGCCUCGGAUCCCGCGUUGCCGCGUCCGGCAGUGUGCAGUCGGUCCCUACAGCACACCGCAGGAGACGACAGAGCCCUUUGCUGGAGCCGAAGGUUCGGCCUUUCUUUUGUCCUUUUUAUUUCUCGUUCGUUUAUUAAGUCCGCUCAAUCUCCACCCAGUUCAGUAACCCGCUUACUAGCCUGCGCCUAGCGGAACCUUUGAUACGCCGGAACCAAUAUGCUGUACCGCGCUGGAAGGCAGAGGACUGUUUUGGCAAAGGACCACCGAGUCUCUGAGAAGGGUUGGUCGGGACAGUUCCGGCGGGAGAACGCGGCAGUGAGGUCUUCGUCUUCGUCUCCUGAGAUGCACCGGCAGAAUUUUCGACCCCCGACUCCUCCCUACCCCGGCGCGGGUGUAGGAAGUUGGGGUAGCGGGAGCAGCUUCCGGGGUACCCCGGGCGGAGGCGGAUCGCGGCCGCCCUCCCCUCGGGACGGUUACGGGAGUCCGCACCACACGCCGCCGUACGGGCCCCGGUCUAGGCCCUACGGAAGCAGCCACUCUCCGCGACACGGCGGCAGCUUCCCGGGGGGCCGAUUCGGGUCUCCGUCCCCUGGCGGCUACCCUGGCUCCUACUCCAGGUCCCCCGCGGGGUCCCAGCAGCAAUUCGGCUACUCCCCAGGGCAGCAGCAGACCCACCCCCAGGGUUCUCCAAGGACAUCUACACCAUUUGGAUCAGGGCGUGGUAGAGAAAAAAGAAUGUCUAAUGAGUUGGAAAGUUAUUUCAAGCCUUCAAUGCUUGAAGACCCUUGGGCUGGCCUAGAACCAGUAUCUGUAGUGGAUAUUAACCAACAGUACAGCAAUACUCAAACAUUCACAGGCAAAAAAGGAAGAUACUUUUGUUAACAUUUCUGAAAUUCACCCGGAAGCUUCUUGUGACAGGAACAUCUUGGACAAAGCUUUUACUUGUGUAAUUAAGUUGAACCCUAGGAUGGUGACUUUGAAUAAUUAGUUGGGUCUUCUUGGUAUUUUUCAUCAUAUCAAAUAUUGUUGAUAAUAGAGAAGACACGGUAGAAUAAUUUGCAAUAUUUAGCUCUUUGGAAGUGCCUACCACAUUUUAGAAGAUUCACAGUUUCCAGAUAUUUAACAUUCAUGGUUAUAUAAUGGACAUUUGUCUUUCCAAUGGUUUUUCCAAUGUUUUAAAAUAAAACAUUUUGUCUUUCUAGAUA